AUGCUCGAUGGAGCCAAGAUGAAUAAGAACAAUCGAAAGCCAACAGAGAUUGGAGUUGCACAGAUUGUCGACCCACGAAAGUCACUAUCCAGAAUCAAGUCUCCAGAAGAUGGUGUGACGUUCCUCUCAUACACUGGCUCAGAGACCACAGAGAAGCUUUAUGAAGCACUGGCUGGGCUCCGCAUCGACUUGCAGAUCCUAAAGGAUAACAAUAACAUCAUGGAGAUCGAUGGCGUAUACUACAGAGUCACUGUCCUUUACGGAUUCGACCUGGUCUGUGCGAGCACAGUCACUGGAAUGUGUGGCAUGCAUCUAUCUCAUUCAACCUACCGCUGCAUUCUUUGUCACUGCACCAAUGACACCAUCAACCAUGUGUCUCGACUGGACCAGUUCACACUCAGAACACUGGAGUCAAUCAAACAUGAUGCUGAUAUGAUCAAGGCGAAGUUGGACAAGGGCACAAAGACUAUCGUUGCAAAGAACUUCCAUGGGAUGUGCACAAUACCUCCAUUGAUCAUCGACCCAUUGCAGUUCAUAUUGGAUUCACUGCACUCUAUCAUGGGCGUCGUCAAUUUCUACAAGAAAAGGGUGCUUGACUUCACAGAAGACCCUAGAUUGUCUCCUGAGGUCAGAGCCACACUUGCCAGUAGUUUCAUUCAGUUCCUCAAGGACUAUGCCAAGCUUCACCUGGUCACUGGUGAUACCGAUAAGAAUGGAGAGCACGUGACUCUGAAGGAUCGCUUCACAAAGAGUGCUGUGAACUAUGAAGAGUUCAAGAGAAUACUCAAGCAUAGGGUUCCAUUGCUCAACAUCUUGGAGACGGCAAUAGGCACAGAAAGAACUAAAUCUAUAUAUAUAUAUGUAUAA